UUAACGCGCCCAAGCUCCGGGCCCGGCGGCGGCGGCGGCAGCGGCGAAGAUGGCGGAGUCCGGCGGGGCCGAGUUCGCCGCGGAGCGGCCCAGCAGCAUGGCUGACAAGAACAGCACCCUGAAAUGCACGUUCUCUGCUCCUGGCCACAGCACCACUCUGCUGCAGGGACUGGCCUCGCUCCGAGCUCAGGCUCAACUGCUUGAUGUCAUCCUCACUAUAAAUAAUGAAGUGUUUCAGGUUCAUAAAGUUGUCUUGGCUGCCUGCAGUGACUAUUUCAGGGCAAUGUUCACAGGAGGGAUGAGAGAAGCCAGCCAGGAUGUGAUUGAACUGAAAGGUGUAUCUGCAAAAGGACUGAAACACAUAAUAGACUUUGCUUACAGUGCUGAAGUGACUCUUGAUCUUGACUGUAUUCAGGAUGUGCUGGGAGCUGCUGUCUUCCUCCAGAUGGUGCCUGUCGUGGAGCUCUGUGAAGAGUUUCUGAAGUCUGCCAUGAGUGUUGAAACAUGUCUUAAUAUCGGGCAGAUGGCCACCACCUUUAGCCUUGCAUCCUUGAAGGAGUCAGUAGACGCAUUCACCUUUAGGCAUUUCCUCCAGAUCUCGGAGGAGGAGGAUUUCCUCCACCUGCCACUGGAGCGCCUUGUUUUCUUCUUGCAGAGCAAUAAGCUGAAAAGCUGCAGUGAAAUAGAUCUCUUCCGUGCUGCUGUCCGCUGGCUGCAAUACGACCCGACCCGCCGUGCCAGUGCCAGCCAGGUGCUCUGCCACAUCCGCUUCCCGCUCAUGAAGUCCUCUGAGCUGGUGGACAGCGUUCAGACCUUGGACAUAAUGGUGGAAGAUGUCUUAUGCCGUCAGUAUUUGCUGGAGGCCUUCAACUACCAGAUCCUGCCCUUUCGCCAGCACGAGAUGCAGUCGCCUCGCACCACCAUCCGCUCAGACGUCCUGUCCCUCAUCACCUUUGGCGGCACUCCCUACACCGACAACGACCGCACUGUGAGCUGCAAAGUGUACUACCUGCCCGAUGCCGGCGUGCGCCAGUUUAAGGAGCUGACGGAAAUGGAGGUGGGCAGCAGCCAUUCCUGCGUGGCCGUGCUCGACAACUUCGUCUACAUCGUAGGAGGGCAGCACCUGCAGUACCGGAGCGGCGAGGGGGCUGUCGAUAUCUGCUACCGCUACGACCCGCACCUGAACCAGUGGCUGCGCAUCCAGGCCAUGCAGGAGAGCAGGAUUCAGUUCCAGCUGAACGUCCUGCACGGCAUGGUGUACGCCACCGGUGGGAGGAACCGCUCCGGCAGCUUGGCCUCGGUAGAGAAGUAUUGCCCCAAAAGCAAUGAGUGGACUUACGUGUGCUCCCUGAAACGCAGGACGUGGGGGCACGCAGGAGCCACGGUAGGAGAUAAACUGUACAUAUCAGGUGGGUAUGGGAUAUCUGUGGAAGACAAAAAAGCCCUGCACUGCUACGACCCGGCAGUGGAUCAGUGGGAGUUUAAAACCCCAAUGAACGAACCCAGAGUUCUGCAUGCCAUGGUCAGUGCAAAUGGCAGGAUUUACGCCCUGGGAGGCCGCAUGGACCACGUGGACCGUUGUUUCGAUGUUUUGGCUGUGGAGUACUAUGUGCCUGAAACGGACCAGUGGACCACCGUGAGCCCCAUGCGCGCAGGUCAGUCGGAAGCUGGGUGUUGUUUACUAGAGAAAAAGAUUUAUAUUGUAGGAGGGUACAACUGGCAUCUGAACAAUGUCACAAGCAUUGUGCAGGUGUAUAACACAGAAACUGAUGAAUGGGAAAGGGACCUGCAUUUCCCAGAAUCUUUUGCUGGCAUAGCAUGUGCUCCUGUGAUCCUGCCGCAGGGGACGACCCAGAGGUAACUACGUGCGACUGCGCUGGCCUGUGGAAUUGCCUCAUGUUGCAUGUAAUCAGGAUGCCGUGUUGUUCCCUUGUUGUUUGCAAAUGGUAUUGUGCAUUUUGUGGGCGAGGGAAGGAGAAAAAUAUCUUGUAUUCCCUCCUCCAUGAAGUCCCUCCUCCUCUUAUGUAGUGUUCUGGCAAGCGCAUUCCAUCAGAAGCACUUGUCAGCUAGUUAGACUUAACAGAUGUUACAGCUGGAAAAAGCUUCUUUUUUUAUUUACUUCUCUCUCUCUCUCUUUUUUUUUUUUUUUUUUUUUUUGAUGGGGAGUGAAUUUUGGCAACUUUGCAUCUUUUUAACAAUGUUACACGUUGCAAAUAUUGACAGCUCAGGAGUAAUUUAGUACUGUGGUAUGUUUAAAGGAGUUCAGGUGUGAUUUUUUUUUAUUAAUAGUUCCAAGAAUCAUUGUAUGUCAAUUUUUUUUAAAACAAACAAAAACCAAAAUUUGUAUAACAUACUGACCUCCAGAAGCAAUAAAAGGACAGUGGGAGCUAGAAGAGCUCAGGUGCUUGGUUUAUGAAAGCAUGUGUUUGCUUUUCAAAGGUGAGUUUUGGUUUUUUUUUUUUUUUUCCUUUUUUUGCCUGAGAGGGGAAUAUUUAUCCCUGCACAUCUGAUCUGUGUUGAGUCUUCGUUGUUUGGAUUACCUUGCAGUUUCAGACCAUUUCCUCACCCCCUCCAAGCAGUAGCAUGUUAUUCUAGGCUAGAAAUUCUCCCUUAAUUGGGACACCCAAAGUUUGCAACACUAAAGCCAUGUUGAUAGCUUGAUUACAUAUAAACGGGCAUGAUUUUUAUAAUUACCAAUCAUUUGCUUGGCUUCACUGGCAAUAAAAACUCUGCAGCUGUUCAUCUGUACAGAAGCGAGAGAACCUAGGGUUGCUGUCGUUCACCUAUAUGCAUCCAUCCAAACUUUUUUUUCAUACAGCAAAGGAGGUGGGUGCUAUUUGUCCAAGUCCUUGAAAGUUUUCUCUCUUGACUUGUAAAUAAAAUAGUUGGUAUCUUGCUCUGAUGGAAGUCUAGGUGGAAUGUUUUUUGUUGCCACUGAGUACUUUAAAUUAGCAGAGAUUUGUUCUAAGACGGCUUUGUCAUGUUUAAUAUUCUGUGCUAAACACAUUUUACGAUACUUCUUGAACUUUUCUCCAGGUCAUUUUUCUAAUUAAUUUGAUUAAUGAAUUGAAAGUUUCUCUUUUUAUCAGGUGUUCUGUUUCAAGGGCUUUGUUUGUAUCAAAACUGUUUAAGUUUGAUUUUGAUGUAUGCAGCCUCCUUUUUGGAGAAACUGUGGCAUUCUGCUAUUAAAUAAAUACUGUGCUGUAACCUUUAGAGACAAUAUGUAAUGUCCGUUUUGCUAAUGAAUCAUUGAUCAGGUCUAUUUAAAGCAUGAACUCCAUACCUCAAAUUCACUUUAAGAUAUUUUUCUCUGAUAAUUGAAUCAAAGUACCUUUGUAUAUGAUAGAGGACACAUGCUUCUCAAUUAAGCUUGGCAUCUAAAUUUUAGUUAAAUAGGUACAUAGUUUUAUCUAUGUUUCUCUCUACUUGCUGGUUUGCCAAUAUAAAUUAAUGAAAAGUGCUUGUUGAAUAGUGUGCUAAAGCCAGUGGGCAGGCUCUACUUGCUAGCUCUUAGGCUGUUAAUUUACUCCAUUCUCUGUUCAUUUGGCCUGGCAUGGAAGCUAGAAACACUGCAAAACAGCCUUGGCAGAUAACAAAUGUGUUUUGAAAGUAAGAAAUGUAACUCAAUAUAAGCUUCAAAGCUGCAGAAUAUAUAUUUUUUUUUAGUUUAAAUGCUUGUUUAUGUUUGUGAAAGGAGCGUUUUUCUAGGAGAGUAGCAAACGGAGGGUUACUUGCUUUCCUUUUUGCAGAAUUCCAUCAGCUUCACAUGAGUGUGCCAUUCCCCCAUCACUUCAGUAUCCUUCACUAUUUUACUGAAAUCUUCUUACCAAUUGUAUUUCUAUGGCAGCAACUGAUGAUUUGAGAUCUUCUCUAAUAGCUGAGAUUUUUCUGAUGUGCAGAAGCCAUUCUGAACCCAUACUGUGACCCUGGUUAGCAUCUCUUUGUAAGGAAACUGUUUUAAUUUUCACUUCAGGCUUCUAAGGUAUGUGUUUCUGGGUAUGUGUGUGGGUGGGGAGGUGGUGGUGGAUUGUGAAGGGAUUGUGAAAAAGAAAAAAAUCCUUGAAAAAAUAAGUAUGUUUGGUUUUACUUUUAAUGUCAAUCUUGCAAGAACAGGCUUAACCUCUGUAUUGGUUCAUAUUGGAAUGGUGGCUAUGUAGGCAAGAGGAUUCACAAAGCCAUUCUGUAAUUGUGGUUUAAUAAACACACCAACCGUGGCCUGCGACGUGGCAGACUAGUCCGGUACCUGUGUUCCUGUUUGCUGGCACAGCGGGACGAGUGCUGGAAAGGUUUCCAGACUCUCUUGCUGAGACUUGUGACUGAGCACCGCUGUGGACCAUCGCUCUUUGUUAAAGGAAUGUGCUUUUUAUAGAAAUAUAAAUAAUUAUUUUUCAUAAUGUUAGCUAGAAAUAUUCUAGCUGUUCUUCAUUUACCAGAGACUGGCUAAAAUAUUUGUGAAAGUGCAUGUCAUCCAUAUUGAUAAUAAAGUU